GCUGAAGCGACGACCAGGUUGGCCUAGCGCACCCGCGACGACGCUAGAGCGACGACCAGGUUGGCCUAGCGCACCCGCGACGACGCUAGAGCGACGACCAGGUUGGCCUAGCGCACCCGCGACGACGCUAGAGCGACGACCAGGUUGGCCUAGCGCACCCGCGACGACGCUAGAGCGACGACCAGGUUGGCCUAGCGCACCUGCGACGACGCUAGAGCGACGACCAGGUUGGCCUAGCGCACCCGCGACGACGCUAAAGCGACGACCAGGUCGACCUAGAAAACUGCCGGUUAAAGCGCCAUCUCAGGAAAGAGAACAAACAAGCACUAGUAAAGCGACCGGUUCCAACAAAAAAACGCGGAUAAACUCACCUCACGUGACUCGUCCAACGGCAAAUGGAGUUCCACCCAAAGUCGUUAGCGAGACACAAAGAGCCGUGAAAUUUGACACCGCAAACAGAUACCGUUGUCCGAAAUGCGUGGUGUCAUUCUCCGAGCAGCAGCUGGGGCUUCUGCGGAAGCACAUGUGGCUCAAGCACCGCCUGCGUCGCAAGACGCACUUUAUACCGGUCGCCGCGGAUGCCGUUGCCAUGGACACUGUUGCCGCGGACGCCGCCACCACAGACGCGACACGCCCCGUCGACCGCGACGACGUGAGACGCCCUGUCGACACGAAAAGGCCCGUCACCCGCAGAGAUGCAAGACGCCCCGUCGACCACAGCGACUCGAGACGCCCCAUCCACCGCAGCGACGCGAGACGCCCCGUCGACCACAGCGACUCGAGACGCCUCGUCGACCUUGGCGACGCGAGACACCCCGUUGACCGCGGCGACGCAAGACGCCUCGUCGACCUUGGCGAUGCGAGACGCCCCGUUGACCGUGGCGACGCGAGACGCCUCGCCGACGUUGGCGACACGAGACGCCCCGUCGACCACAGCGACUCGAGACGCCUCGUCGACCUUGGCGACGCGAGACGCCCCGUUGACCGCGGCGAUUUGAGAUGCCUCGUCGACCUUGGCGACGCGAGACGCCCCGUUGACCGCAGCGACUCGAGACGCCUCGCCGACGUUGGCGACACGAGACGCCCCGUUGACCGCGGAGGCGCAAAACGCCCUGUCGCCCGCGGCGGCGCGAGACGUCCCGUCGACCUUGGCGACGCGAGACGCCCCCUUGUGGCGAACAAGGGCUAG